AAAGAAUCUGUGGAAACCUCUGUGUCCGUUCGAUGAUAGACGUGACGUGAAGGUCAUCGGCUGGUUGGCGAAUUUCGUUGCUGUUCCCGUAUUCACAAACUAUUCCUGUUCAGGAGCAUAUUACGAAAUUGCUCUAUAUCCAAUUUCUUUUACCUAUAGGUUUCGUUUAAUACUUUUAUUCUAAAUCACCCAUAGACAUAAAUCUAGACAUUUUAUUGUGUGUUCAUCAAACACUUGAGUAAAAGAUCAUGUGGUUUAGGACGAUAGACGGUGAUAUUUGAUGGUUUUACACCCAAAGCCAUCAAACUAGAGUGAAACGAGAACAUGGUGGGAUUACGGUUUCUACCUUAUUAAGGUGUUUGGGAGCAGGCAUGGGGGUGUACAGUCCCCCAUUGACCACUACGGUCCCUCACAGACGUCAUACGUAUGUCACGGCAGCCCAUUCACUAGGCACCCAGCACUUGGAGGUAGUGGCUGCUCAGCACAAGCUAUGAUGUCAGUCAUGUGGGAAGCAGGGACUUUCCACUGCGAGAUGUCAUUGAACACACCCAGUCGACUCCUCCUUUACUAGUACUUCUAAUAGACGGCUUCGUCUGCCUAUUGCUCAAUGCCUAACGCUGCCCUGAGCAAAAGAAGUUACUUGCUGGAAAAAAAAUAACACAAAAAAACAACAACUUUCUGUAUAGACACUGGCGACCUGCACAGCUACGAGGGUGUUCGGCGGGGUCACCUAUGGGUCUGGAGCACUGGUGAACCUUAUCUGCUGAUCAUUGGACUAUACAGCCUUUAUAUAGGAGGAGAGCUGUCACAGGAGCAACUGAUACAUUAUCUAGGACAGAUCCACUAAAAGUGAUACGCCAUGGCAGGUCAUCCAAUAAUGAUGCACAAAACACUUAUGGGUGAACCCUACAUAGAAAUAUUUGAGCAGCCCCGCCAGAGAGGCAUGAGAUUCCGGUACAAAUGUGAAGGCCGUUCAGCUGGCAGUAUCCUCGGUGAACGCUGCUCAGAAAAUAACCGCACAUACCCAUCAAUCCAGCUGCAGAACAUGAGUUACAAUUCUAAAGGCAAAGUAAGGGUUACCUUAGUCACAAAGAAUGAACCCUUCAGACCGCACCCCCAUGAUCUAGUUGGCAAAGACUGCAGAGAUGGGUAUUACGAAACCGAAUUUGGUGCUGACCGAAGAGUUUUAUGUUUCCAGAACUUAGGCAUUCAGUGUGUACGAAGAAGAGAAGUAAAAGAUGCAAUUCAUUCCAGAAUGAUUCGAAAAAUCAAUCCCUUUGCAGUGCGGGAUGACCAGCUGCUGACAAUUGAGGAUUACGACCUAAAUGUUGUACGGUUGUGCUUUCAAGUUUUCCUUGCUGAUGAACAUGGGAAUUACACCAAAGCUUUACAUCCUGUUGUUUCCAACCCAAUUUAUGACAACCGUGCUCCCAACACUGCUGAACUUCGGAUCUGUCGCGUAAAUAAGAACUGUGGUAGCGCAGCCGGAGGAGAUGAGAUAUUCUUGUUAUGUGAUAAAGUACAAAAAGAUGAUAUUGAGGUGCGAUUUUUCACCCCUACUUGGGAAGAUAAAGGACAAUUUGGACAAGCAGAUGUGCACCGUCAAGUUGCUAUAGUAUUUAAGACACCUCCUUUUCCCUUUGAUAUUACUGAAGUCACAACAGUGAAAAUGCAGCUUAGAAGACCUUCGGACCAAGAAGUCAGUGAAGCUAUGGACUUUCGGUACAUUCCUUGUGAAAAAGACCAUUAUGCUAAGAAGUUGAAAAAAAAUGAGGACAUGUUGAUGAAAUUUUAUGAUUCACUUCAAAGUCAUCGAAUUGAAAAAGCAGCAAACCCAUUGUUGACGCGACAGCCAAAACAUCCCAUAGAUCGACCCAUAAAAGAAGAACCAGGUAUGAAUGAGACAUGUACACAGCCGUUUAAUAAUGACAUACAUACUAGGACCGGGCACAGCACAUCACUUUAUCCAUUUAAACCAACGUUGCCAGCUGCAGGAAACUUUUCAGCACCAAGUACUGUAAUGUUUUCUUGGCACAAUGCAAGCAUGCCAUCCAAUUCAACUAAUAACCAAGGGUACAGUUUUAACCCAAGAAGCACACCAAAAGAAAAUAUAUCGGUACAGAAAGACUAUCCAGAAAGGAAAGCUUCAGAGACUUCUACUAACCCCUUGCCUAUGGAGUCUCUAUUCCCCUCACACAUUGAUCACACUUUGCCAAAGACCACAUAUUUUUCUGAGAAAAGCCAGACUAGUACAUAUCAUUUGUCAAGUGUCCCGCAGUCAGCUUACCCCACUAUCUCUCAUAAUAACAUGUAUGGGUCAUUAUAUUCCCAAGACGGGUUUGAACCAGAUCCCAGUCACAUGAUAUUGAGUUCAAUGGAGGACCCUCAAGGAGCCUUUUACAGUCCUGAGUUUCAUCAAACGCAACUUGACAACAACAUGUCAAACCAGACGCACAGCGAUCUAUUAGAAAAUCAGGGUGACUAUAUUAUGAGUGUGGAUUCAAUCGAAAGCUUCCUUGAGAAAAUAUCAAACAGUAUGGCCAACGAGUAGCACACUUAGAAAUUGGUGUUGUUUCUCCAAUAAAGUUAGAUAGACCGGCCUCAGGAGCCUUUGGGUUGAUAGGAUAUCUCAAAACUGGAACAAGCUUCAUCUGGAACAAGCUUUAAAAGACAAUUGUGGUUUCCCCUCUUUUGUUGACUAAGAACAGUCUCAAUUCUUGCAGGAAUGUGUUCUUCUAUCUCUGUGCUUCGAUGAGGCUGUCGGGUUUUUUGGUGGUAAUGUCAUACUCUUCCAGCCUCUAAGGUGGGUGAGAUUGUUUUCUGUCUAUAGAACAAAUAUCCUCUUUUUUUUUUUUUUUUUUUAUAAUUGGGAAGAAACAUAAGAAGCAUGCACAGGUAUGGUUGUCCAGGUGCAGCAUCCAAAAUUCAUCUACAGAACCAGCUCACCAAGGUCUUACUUGUAAAACACUCGAAAAGCGUUACAAAUCCAAACUGUGGAUUCUAUAACUGAAGUGUAUUCCAUUUGUAAUACAACUCAUCUACUGGCACAAAAGCCGUAUUUAUUUGUCUAUGUUAAAAUCUUAUUUCAUUAUGGACAUCAGUACUUACAGAACUUUUUGGAAGCUACUACAACAGGCAUAGGCAACCAAUGAAUUCCCAAAUAUAGAAAAACAAUAGAUUUGGAUAUGCCCAGUGAAGCAUGGUUCAAGAAAAGUGGCACCUGGAGAGACUUCUCAAAGACCAGUGGGCUGAAUCACUGUGGGGUCUCCCGGCCAUUCAGCAUAGCUAAGAGAAGUCACGUGAUACUGUAAAUUCUAUUGCAUCUCAGAAUUUAAAGAAAGUCAAGGAUCAAUUUUAUUUGGGUCCCACAUCUAACUUAGUGGGUUCAUCUGCACCCAAUAGAUCAUCUUUUAUAUGAGGCUAUAUAUGACAUUUUACAUUUUAGAGGGUUUUCAGGCAAAAUUGAUUGAUGGACUAUUCUAUGUGCUUGGCCAGUGAAAAGUUUAGAUAAAGGUACAAAGUUACGACAGUGCUCUUCAUGAAUAGUUUUCCUUUACUUUACUAUAUGAAUGUUGCUUGAGGUGUGAUUUUAGUUUUAUACAUUUUUAUUUUAAUGACUAGCACAAUAUUUGCUAUAUGUGGAUAUUUAUGAAUAGAUAUAAUGACUGUGUCAUUGUAACUAGGUCUCAGCUAAAUCAGCUAAUUUACAUAUCACUUGUAAACAACUUUUUAUAAAUAAAUAAAUAUAUAAAUAAAAAAACGUUAAAAAGUGUACUUCUCACUUUUGACGUGUCCAGACCCUAACCGAUCGCUACAAGGAGCAAGUGGGAAAGACUUCUUUUCUUCCCCUCUCUAUUCAUGCAAAUGAGGAGGUCCCAUAGACUUUCAUUAGGAGUCUGUCUCAUUCAUGUGGCACAGAACUGGAAGCGAGUGCACUAAGUGUGCUCUUCUCUCUGCUGGUUCUACCAAUUUUCAGGGUCUGAGAACCCAGACCCCAACCAUUUAAAUUACACUUAAAACACGACAAAGUCAAAAAGAUUUUUAAAGUAACAAUGCCCAUUGAAGGACAUAGCAUGGUUGUUGUAUCAACAUGUAAUGGAGCCAAAAGUCUCAUUGCUUAUUCCUCAUCCACUUGGAUUUGGUCUCAAGACUGAUGUCUUUAUUAAGUUUUUUUCCUAUUUCUGCCAUAUAUAUUCUCCUAGUUAAAAUAAUAUGGAAUAGUGCACAGAGUCCUUAAGCAGAAUUGAUAAUUUUUUCACCUACAAUGUUGGUGUAUGGAGGGAAUCGGUGUUCCAAAUACUCCCUAGUCCCUUUUUUGACUAAGGCUUCCCAAAGUCAAGCGUAUUUCAAGCACAUUUUGCUUUCCGUACAAUGGAUGCAAGUUCUGGCCUGACCACCGGUCUGGUGACCUGAACCAUCAGUUUGACAUCAGACCCAUGGUCAUGCUUAUCUGUGGGGAGCCUCCUCCUUUUCUGGGGCUCUUGCAAACAUCAUUUGCCAAGGCAACUGAAUACACUGUCUGGCUCCACUUGUUUCCAUAGACUGUCAAGCCCCAUAUGUUUACUUCUUGGUGGAAAAAAUGGUGGUAAAUGGACCAGGAGAUUAAACAAAGAUACAUAGCAAUUUUGACCACAACAGGGGUGGCCCAACCCAAAGAUCACAUGUCGCGUUGUAUGGCUUGUGCUGCAUCACAGUCAGAUUGUGGUUGCAGUGUAACUCCAUUUACUAAGCUUAGCUGAGACGUAGCACAAUGCACAAAACAUCGCAGGGCAAUCUUUGCUCAGACAACCCAUGUUGUGGCCAAAAAUGGUCGUGUACCCCUAGCUUUACAAUAUAUAUUUUUUGUGCUUGCCAGGAAGAUUUUGAGUUCAUUCAAUCUUUUUUAUCUAUAUUUUUUAUUUGAGUGCAGAUACACAUGGACUGGUCACCAUUUCCCACAUCAAUAGAAGUUAUCAUAAGUAAUUUCCUAAAACAUUCCAAAGACAUUGAAACACUAAUGUAAACUUACAGCAAUUACAGGUACAAAUAAAUCAUAAAGGGUGACUACUUUACUCCAUAUAAUCCCUUAAAAUCUGCCCUUAAUGGGUACUAUGAGCUUGCACCCCGAUCUCUCUCGUGGUACCCCAAUUAAUGGAAAGGCAGAUGCACCGAUGGCAAUUCCAUUCCCUAGAUUGAUUGUGCAAUGUUAUUUAGGCACCGUAUGAUUGUAUUACCAUGGUACCAAGGGCACUAUCCAAAAAAAGUCCAGAACAGAAUGUAUUAUGUUAGGGACUAAAACAAAGUAGUGUACCAUUCUGGAUCUUCUGUAAGUAGCACAUGAUCACAUGUCUACAGCUGCCCCUUUCAGUUCACUAAAUUAUUUUGUUGUUUCAAGUGACUUCUCAUGUUUUGCCACUGAGUGGAUACAUUAUUUUAUUUUUUUAUUUUGCUAAGCAAUAUAAUUUAUAUGUGUUACCAUUAUCAAUAUCCCUGAACACUGGGGUGUAAUAUAAUAAUUUCCAAAAUGGAAAGUAUUUACAAUUUUUUAGGAAUGAAAGAAAAUAAAAUACUAUUAAAGGGGUACUUCGCUACUCAGCGUUUGGAACGAAUUGUUCUAAACGCUGGAGCCGGCGCCGGGACUGUUCCGGGAUCAAACUGUUCCGAACACUGAAGCCGGCACAGGGAGCUCGUGACUUCAUAGUCCCGCCCCCCUCAAUGCAAGUCUAUUGGAGGGGGCGUGACAGCUGUCACGCCCCCUCCCAUAGACUUGCAUCGAGGGGGCGGGGCUAUGACGUCAUGAGCUCCCGGUGCCGGCUCCAGCGUUCGGAACAGUUUGAUCCAAACGCUGAGCAGCGGAGUACCCCUUUAAGCUUUGUCAUUGUUGAUCUACCAGAGUGGCAGAUUUGUUGCAAAAAUGUCAUGUCAUUGUUUCAUUUUUUUGGAAAGUGACUUCCAAAAAUGUGUGGGCUUGCCACCAAAUUAAUCCCGUAUACUAUAGCUGAAUGUAACAGAUAUCAGUUUCGGUGACAAAUCUGUCAUGUGUAUAUAAAUAAAGCGAUUUUGUGAGGUAUGCAUUUGUACACAGCAGUACUUUGGUCAGUAUGAUCAGAAGCACCUACGCAAGGACAAGCUACAAUCUUCUAUAUUUGUCUAUAUAUUGGAUCAACUUCUGGGGGGGGGGGGGGGUUUGUAUCCAUUGCACAAAAUUUUGCAAAAAUUUACCACCAAUAAAACGAUGAAAUGAAUGAUAAAUCCCCCCCCCCCCCCCACAAGUUUUGGCCCACAGAUACUGAUCCAAAGUACUGCCAUGUGAAUAGGGCCCGAUGGAGUGGUUGCAUGUUGGAUGCUUUUCUGGCAUCAUUUGCAGAAGUUGUCGCCUUGUACAAUUUAUGACAUGCCUAUUCAUCAGAAUUUCUUGACAUUGUUUUACAAUGACUAUUAGAUGGAAGAAUCAGAUUUCUGUUAUGCAGCAUUAUACACAGUUUGCUGAGAUAUGGUUGGACAUAUAUAAUGUUUAUGUUGAUUUAUUUGUAUAUGCCAAGUUGGUUUAUGUUUUUAGUGAUAUUUUUGUAAGACAUUGACAUUCUAUACUGUACCUAUGUAAUAGCAUUCAUGUCAGUGGCAGGCUAGAGAUCAUACAGUGAGAACCCUGUCCUAAUCCUCCCGAUCAACAAAAUAACCACUAUCCCAAGCAGGACAGUACUACUAAACACAAUAGGGAAAACCUUUAUGCUAAAUUUCCUGAAAUGCUUACUGGAAACAUUUCAAUUUUGUGCAAAAGUUACAUUUUAGUCCCUGUCAUUUUAAAGGGACCUCUUAUGCAUUAUAUCACUGUAGGCACUCCAUGUCUGGCCAUAUAGUGCUGUUUUGUCUCAGGUUAAGUUCACAUAAUGUACAUUUUUCUGCUUGUAUUUUAUUUUAUGAGCGGAUACCCCGCAAAAUGUGGCCGAUUUUCCGAGGAAAUGUUUAUGAUUUAUUUGCAUUUUCCUGAUAAAGUUCUCAUAUGCCCGUAUAUAGCAAUGUUGCGUAUUUACAUAAAAGGGUUUUUAUCACACCUCUUGUUUUUAAGAGGUUUUUAAGCAUUUUUAUUGUGUGUUAAUUUUUCUUCAAAAGUUGUAAAAAUCUGAUUUGAAGGUUAAUGUCAAUCUCCAUAUAUAUUUUCAUUAUUGUUUUUUUUUAUUAUGUAUCAAUAAAUAAA